AUGGCGGGGGCAGCUGCAGGGCUCCCGCUCCAGGCUGGAACGGGCCGCAUCCAUCACCACUCCCGGGGCACCCAGCACCACCAGCACCCGCCCCGGCCGAGGGAGCACCCAGAGAGCAGCCCGGCUUUAUGGAGGCCCUGGACGCUCACAGCAAGAGACAGUGAGAUGACAGAGAAUCAGCAAACGUCAGGACUGGAUGGUCAAGCAAAAAAUUUGAGAUCAAAAGGAGCCCUGGGGUUUCAACAUCCAGUGAGACUUUAUUUGCCCAAGUCCAAAUCCCAGAAGUUUCUUAAUAACAUCGGAGAGAAGGUUCUGGCGAGUUUUCCGGUACAAGCUACAAUUCACUUCUACAAUGAUGAUGCCGACUCUGAGGAAGAUGAAGAAGAAAUCAGUUCAGCCUAA